AUGGAAGCAAUCGGUGACGUGGAUGUGAAGCACGAAAGAUCCAAUCCCUACGGCCCGCCACCACCAAACAAUAUCCAUCGUAUGCCAGUGCCCGAGACUCAAGCGUUACACAGCUAUCAUCCCCCUCAAGGACCCAACAUGGCACCACCAGGCCCAGCGUGGAACCCCACGCCAUCACCUUACAGCGAACCCACCGACCACCGACCACAUCCUCCUGACAUUGCUCAUCAACCUCCCUAUCCACCUCAAUCUCAACCUUACCCUCCUCCUGGUCGAGACCCUCCAGGCUACCCUCCUCCGGAUCCAGCGUACGGACGACCAGGAAGCGUCUCGGGUCCUACGAGAUCUCCCGCGGAAUCUCAGCAUCAACCCUAUCACCCCGUGAGUAGCAAUCCCCACGAGCCUCCAUAUUAUCCUCCCGCUCCUGCGGACUACCGACCGCGUCAUGCGUAUUCUGGCCCGGAGGGGCAGCCCAACGGAACCCAUCAACAACCCCUUCACGUCGUGACAGGCCAUGAAAUGAUGCCUAGCCAGCCGCCAACUCAGCCCGGGCAUUAUGGCCCACCUUCAGCCGGACCGCCUCCGUCAACUCCUUACUAUUACCCCGAGUUUGGUGGCGGUCAACGUCGUAAGCCUGUCAGAGCUGCUCAGGCUUGCGAUUCGUGCCGGCAGCGCAAGGCGAAAUGUGAUGAAGGGCGGCCAGAAUGUCAGCAUUGCAAGGAGAACGGAUUGAAAUGCUCUUAUCGGGAGAUUCCACCGCAAAAGUCCGAAAAGCAAGUUCUUGCAAUCACAGCUCAGUUAGAUGCCCUUACCGACUCCGUCAAGCUGCUGACCGACAAUUCGAGAGCUCAAGAUCAAAAAAUCGACUCGAUCUUGAACGCACUUUCGCGAAUCCGGCCUGAUGCAGUUGCUGUCCCAGAGAGCGCCACUCCAGAGGAUCGGAAGGAAGGCGUGGUACGAUCUCAAAAACGGAACAGCUCACACCACACGACUCAAUUUAGAAGAGAGGAUAGUUCGGAUAUGAGAACCGCUUCUCAUAUGGCUGCUCAAUCCGCCAAUUCUCCCCACAAAGCUCGCAACGGGGAUCCGGAAACCUUUGAGCUUUCCCUGCCUGCCAAACACACGACUGCAGCACAGUAUCUCCUCCUCUGGCCAUCGAUUGCCGCCUUAGUCCCGCCUGGUAUAUCUACCUCAUACGUCAUGGAUGAGGAAAGAGAACGAGGUCUACUACGGCUCUACGGCUGCGGAGAAGGCGAAGACAAAGGUGAUGGGCAUGAGGGAGCGCCCAGUCCUUCCGGCAGCUCAUCUUCCGAUGGACGUCGAUUGGAUGAAGAAAUGUCCUCAUCUCCCCAUGGCGUCUGGGGUGUUGGUCAAUUGCAUGCUCCAGGAUUGUCGAAUCAGAGCCAUCCGGCUCGAGAGCACCCCGGUGGUGUCAGUCCUUACGGAGGUCUGAUGCUGGACUCGGAUGCCGUGGAUCGAUAUUUCCGGAGUUUCAUGGAUCACAUCCACAUACUUCACCCGUUUCUCGAGCCCAAGGUGCUGCGGAAUAUGAUUCAUACUUUCAAAAGGAAGUACAGCUGGGAUUACCGUGCGACACAGCCAACAUCAGUCGUUGGCGCCAAGAGGAAACGGGAAACCACCGAAUCACCAGGCUCGGUGGACGACCAAAACACUCCGGGUCACCUUGGAAAUCGCACUUUACCAAGAACGUACAAUCCAGGUGUUAGCUCACCUCUCAUCGAGCAUUCCAUCGCCAACGCAAUCGUGUUGCUUGUCAUCGCAUUGGGGAAGGUUACAGCACAUCGCGAUCCGCUGCCAGGUCCCGCGGCAACCACCAACAUGCGGACCUCAACACCGCACAGUACCAUGUAUUCAGAUCUGCCAAUGGCCAUGUCCGCUCCAAGUUCUCCUUUCAACAAUCAACUCAACCUGAACGGCCACAACCACAUGAAUGCUUCAAGCCCGGCAAAUCCCCAGGGAAAGAACAUGGAUGCAAUUCCUGGGCUAGCUUACUUUGCCAAGGCCUCAGACAUCAUCGGAGAGCACCCAGGCGGCAGUGAUGUAUCGCACAUCCAAGCAUAUCUGCUGGCAGGCCUGUACAUGGGACAGCUUGCCCGUAUCAUACCCAGCUACUUUUACAUCCAAAAAGCGUGCAUGGCCGCACAGAUUCUUAUUGAAUCGACGCCCUAUACAACGAAUUCCAUGAAGCCUGCGAGACGGAAUCUUGUCAAUUUUGCAUUCUGGUCAUGCCUGCAACUGGAGAGCGACAUUGCUGCGGAGGUUGAAUUACCUCUCAGUGGCAUUACUCGAUACGAGAGCUCUCAGCACAAGGAUAUGCCCACACUGCUCACCCUGGAGAGAAUACCCGAGUUCAACAUGGACGAUGAUAUUUUGCGAUACUACUCGUACCAAAUCCAGCUGCGCUUGACGAUGAAUAGCAUUCACGCGACCCUUUACCACUCGCAGAAAAACCAGAACACGCGAUCCAGCGAUACGAUGAUGUUGGUCUUGAGCGAGAACCUGGAAGAUUGGAGAAAGAUGUUGAACGAUUGGGAUUGGGACGAUAAUGACCACGAGAGCCCCAACAUCAACAUUGCUCGUAUGAGAGGGAAGUAUUAUGGGGCCAAAUACAUCAUCUGGCGGCCAGCCCUCCAACACGCCUUGAUGCAGGCGGCGCCGGGGAGGAAAGAUUUGGCAUCAGACUCGUCCUCUGGAAAUGGGGAUAAUUCGGAGUUCACAUCGCCAGCAAUGGGCAAUGCGCAUAUUCCAAGCCGUUCGUCCAAGGAGCUGCCGAGCAUCAGCAAGCAACUGCUGGAAGGAUCUCGGGUUUGCGUCGAGGCUGCAAUUCGAAGCACUACAGUAUUCGAUAAGGUGCCACGACGACUGGUUACCACCAAUAUUUUUGGCACCGUCCAUGCGCAAUGGGGAAACAUGCUUGUGUUGUAUGCAACGUACACCUCCAGCCAUCCAUCGCUCAGUUCCCUUGUGAAUGUCGAUACAUUGAAGAGAUUGCAUGAUCGCACAGUUAGGAUUUUACGGGAGAACGAAAUGAUCUCGCCAGUGCUAGCCAAAGACCUGAAAAUCUUGGAGUACGUGCGCAGGAAAGUAUUCCCUCCAACGAGCUCAUCAUACGCUCCGGCCAGCACGACGUCGAGCUUUUCCAGUCGAUGA